GGGAGCGGAGGGUUCGGAGUGCGGCGGACUCCGGGCGGACGAGGGAAGGGCGAGCGAUCCGCAGGGAUGAGGGGAGAUUCCUACUUCUUUGGAAUGCGGGGCCUUGGCCACUAUGGCUGCAUCCCGGAGGAUGGAGGACAGUUCCUACUCUACUCUAUCAAUGGAGACAACGGCCUAAAGAGAUGUUUUGCAGAGGAAGAUUUUCAUGAAAUAAUUGAUUUCAAUGAUCUCCCAAAUUCUCUUUUCGCCUGUAACGUUCACCAGUCCGUGUUUGAGGAUGAGGACAGUAAGGAGAAAUUUGAAGGUUUGUUCCGUGCCUAUGAUGACUGCGUGACAUUCCAGCUGUUCAAAAGCUUCAGGCGUGUGCGGAUAAAUUUUAGCAGUCCCAAAUCAGCUGCUCGUGCCAGAAUAGAGCUGCAUGAAACACAGUUCAGAGGGAAGAAGUUAAAGUUGUAUUUUGCACAGAUUCAGACGUCUGAGACAGAUGGAGACAAGCUUCAUUUGGCACCACCACAGCCUGCAAAACAGUUUCUCAUCUCGCCUCCAGCCUCCCCACCUGUAGGGUGGCAACCAAUAGAUGAUGCAACACCUGUCAUCAACUACGACCUCCUUUACGCAGUUUCUAAGCUUGGACCAGGAGAGAAAUACGAGCUUCACGCAGGAACAGAGUCCACUCCCAGUGUGGUAGUGCACGUCUGCGACAGCGACAUGGAAGAAGACGAGGACCCAAAGAAUUCUCCAAAGCCAAAAAUCAUUCAAACUCGACGCCCCGGUGUGCCACCGCCUGUAUCUAACUGAGCCUCUCCAGCGGAAGCAGCACUUCUCUCUCCUCCAACACAGCUCUUGGUUUCUGUUUGCUUUGUUCUGUUGAAAGGCAGCCUUUGCCUUCUGAGCACCGGGACAUUAAGGUCAUUGAAACCCUUUCACAGUAAUCAAGCCUCUGUAACAAAAGGGCUAGGAAAAAGAUCUUUGUACCAUAUCACAUACCGAUAGAGUAGCUGGAAAGGACAAAACAAGGCUGAGGAAACAAGGAAGGGUUUCAGUCUGAGGAUCUUUUCACAGCUGUAAUUUGCAUGCUGAAACACCACUACUAGAGACAUCGUUUGGGAUGGGAAUUAGGCCAAUACUAGGCUUGGUAUUCUAACUCCCGGGAUUGCUACUGCCCUUCAUCAAGCAGCUGCUCCUCUGCCCUCCUCACUUCCCAACAGACCUCAGUCUUUUCCCUUUUCCCUUUUUUUAAGGGGGGUGGUUGUGUUGUUUUUACCCUACUAGCAGCUUGGUGGCCUUUUCACCCCCUUGGAAUUUUGUGUAAGGAAUACUAUCUUUGCAACGUUUGUAGAAACAACAGAAAACAACCUUCUCCCACCAACAGUUGUAGAAACCAGAGGUCUGAAAUGGUGGCAGGGAUGUGAGAUGGAUCUCUCUGGGCUGAGGCGGGAGGCAGCAGCUGCUGGGGGGUCUGGUGUCUGUCAGUCCUUYUCUCUGAGAAGAUGGGAGCCAGAAUAUCAACAGGGAUUUUCAGUUUAUCUUCCAUCAGGGGAUGAGUGGUGCUUCUCUCCAAGUCUGAGGAAGAGGAGCUGACUGGCUGCUCAUGUAAGAUGGGAUUCCUUGCUCUCUGUCAUAGCUGUACGUUCCAGUAAUGUUACAGGCUGAAUGCUUUCCUAGUGGUGUGGUGAAUAGCCCUGAAACCUUCAGUAAUUACUUGCACAUCUCUAAUAUUCAGCCCUUUUCUCUCCCCACUUCCUGUGCUUCAAAGCCCUUUUUGAGCUGUAUGCAGUUUGCGUUCGUGGAGGUGAGCAGAGGUUGGUUGAAAUUGUUUCGUUAGGUUUUUUUUUUUCUCUUUUUUUAGGCCAAAGAAAACAGGACCAUAAUUACACACUUGAAAUUAGACUGCAUGCAACUGAAUCCCCUUUUUUCACCCUGUCCUGCAUGUUUCUUUCACUUGCAAUAUAUACUGGGUUACAAAAACUGUUCUGUGUUUGCAUCAUGGCUGACAGCAGACAGAUCCCGGAUUCCCUGUCUGGCAGACCUUCCAUGAUGAUUUAUUUUUUUAAUGCGUACUUGUCAUUUUGAGAACAUAUUUUCUAGACAUUUGAGCUCAGAUUUUGCAUAUAUUUAAGCAUGCGCUUAAUUUAUGCACAUGAGUAGUACCACUGAAAUUAAUACUGCAGAAACUGAACAUAAGUGUAAGGUAUGGUGGGAUUUUUAAGCUAAUUAGCUGCAGCUGUACCCCCCAAAGUAACUAUAAAAUGGCACAGUGAGCUUCCAUGGUUUAAAAGCCUUUACAGCUUAAAAUAAGUAAAUACAUCUUGGAAGCUUAUUCUAGGAUAUGAGAAGUCAGCUUUGGUUCUGUAAUCAAGAUUUUUGUCAUAAAACCUAAUGAUCUGGUUUCUGAGGGAGGGUUCYAUCACACCCUUCAUUAGCAGCAAGGCUACAAAGCUUCAGCAGAGUCAAGUUCCCCUUGCAGGGGUCUUGGCUCUGCGGCACUUCCAGGACAAGUGGCGUGUUGCUCUGUCAGUGAGGACAGGAGAUGGCAUUCACAUUGUGCAUGGUGAGGACAUCUGAGAAUGAGGACUUGUCAUUCUCACACAGYUCAUCCUCUGACUGCCACAGCCCCCUGAUAUUCUUGAUGAGGUGUAGUGCUUUACUCAGCACAUUUCUAUAAUGUGAUGCUUGGUACUGCAUUAUGGACAUAAUUUUGUGCAUGUURCACUGAUAGAAUUCUGCACAUUAAAUACAGCAGAGACUGAACUGAAAAUGGGGCUUUAGUAUCCUUAUGGUAUCUGUAAAAUUUUCUUAAAGUAAUUCCUUAGAAGUUUCACUGCAAUUAUUUUUUCAGUGAUACRUUUUGGUUUAAUGAAACAAAUUGUCACUCAGCCCUAGGAAUAUAUCCUUUUGAAAACACCAAUAUCAGCCACACUCGAUA